CAAUCGACGACAUCUCUUUAAGCCACCUCCAGUCUCCCUUCACGUACCACAAGUUUGAUUGCAGAGACUGCCUCGUCUCCGAAACCGCAAUCAUGGGUGGAGUUACAGUUCGCGAUGUUGAUGCGCAAAAGUUCAUCGUCGCCUAUGCCGAUUUCUUGAAGAGACAGGGCAAGCUUCAAAUACCAGGUUGGGUUGAUACUGUCAAGACCUCACACUCCAACGAACUUCCUCCUCAAUCUCCUGACUGGUUCUACGUUCGAGCUGCCGCUGUUGCCCGACAUGUCUACCUCCGAAAAUCUGUCGGCGUGGGCCGCCUCCGAAAAGUCCACGGCAGCACAAAGAACCGUGGUUCAAGACCCUCGCACCACGUUGAUGCGUCCGGCUCCGUUGAUCGAAAAGUUAUGCAAUCCCUCGAAAAGCUAGGAAUUUUGGAAAAGAUUGAUGAGGAUGAGGAGGGUGGAAGUGGAAAGGGUGGACGAAGAAUCACGCAAGCAGGUAUGCGAGAUCUGGACCGUAUCGCUCAGACCGCCAUUGAGGGCGAGGAAGACGAGGAAUAGAUUCAGAUCCAAACGCGGCGUCUAGGGGGAUGCAUAAGGGGGUGCUCUUGCCAAUACCUUCUGUCUCAAUGACAGUCUACCAGCAGCGAAAGCAAUCACGCUAAAAGCAAUUGUGAAGCGAAGACCACUUUCACACGGGUUGGGUUGCAUGUAGAGUCAGAGGCCAGCUGGUUCCAGAUUCUAUCAGCAUGGUUCAGGCAGAUGAGGCUCAAUGAAACUCUUUCAAAGUUGUA